UUUGUAUUAUCAAGCAAUUCUUUAAAAUGGUAAUAAAUAAUGAACGAAGUCAUUUUAGCGGCUCUCUUUGGGGCGACAAUCAUUCUGCUACUUUUGGUGGUACGCUGGAAAUGGAGAAGUAGCAAGGAUGAGCCAAACCUUCAACAAACUUCCUUGCAACUGGUACAUCGCCUUUGUCCCCACAACAACGUGGUUCAAGGCAUCGAGGUGGAGCAGAAGGACAGCCUUGAUGAACAUCUGGAUGUGCUCACCAGGAAACUAGCUGACAAGGAGGGUCGUCUCCGCCUAUCUAAGUACAAAAUACGUGAAACCCAGAACGAGAUUGAGAACCUGCACGCGCUGGACCUCAACGUGCAACAGGAGUAUCGUCAGAUCAUGGACAUGCUGCGACAGGAUCUGAUGAACAACGAGAAGGAGUGCAAGAAGAUACAAGAGCAGAUCGAGUGGGUGUCAAGACGGCGCGCGGAGCUUAAUAACGAGGUUCAACGAGGUCAGCUCCUCUAUGGCGAGGCAGCAAUGGAACUAGCCAGCAACCUAUCAGAACUACAGCGCGGUCGGGGCACAGAGCAUAGAAUAACAGAGAAGCCCCAUAGACAAGAAUCGCCAUCAACAUUACGUCAUAGAAAAGAACCGCAACUGCCCCGCGCAACACCUCUGUCAUCUGUGGUCAUAAAGUCUUCUCCACCAAUAUCAGACGAAUCGUUACGCUGUGUCCAUAGACAUUAAUG